UUGGGUGGUCAGUACCGUGUGGUGCGCGUUACGAAAGAGGAUAGAGAGGACGGAACGCAAGUACGCGAUAAAAGGGGUUGUCAUGACGUUCGCGUGAGACUCGUGCACUGCGAAUCGUCGCCGAGAAACAUGCCGAGUGAUAUCUGGUGCUCGAAUUGGCGAUGUACCGUCAGUGGUGCGACGGUGCAGUGCAAGUUGGUGCUGGUUUUGGUGCUGGUCGCGAUCCUACCUGACGUGUACACCGAGACUCAGGGACCGUCCCCAGAUUUCAGCAGGCACACGGUGGUCAGGCCGCGCGUCUAUCAUGGCAGGACCAAGCGCCAGAUCUCCUCGACCAAAGAAAACGACGUCGAGCACGCGGACGUGCUGACGGUGGGCUUCGACCUGGAUGGGGUGAAACAAGUGCUGGACCUCAGGUUGAACGCCGAUCUAAUUCCGGUCGGCUAUCAGCAGCGUCAUCAGCACCGUGGCGCGUACCAAGUGCACACACCGUCGAAAGUUGAGCUCUGCCACUAUCAAGGCAGCGUCCGCGACGUUCCCGGUUCCUGGGUAGCGUUGUCUACUUGCAGAGGGUUACGGGGCGUCGUAUUCGACGGCGAGAACCUUCAUCACAUCCACCCGGAGAAGGAGUCGCUGGACUCGGACCAUUACGUCUACAAACACGCCGAUCUGUUGGCCAAUCACACCUGCGGUUACGAGGGAACGACGCACCAUGUUCUCGACCGUGAGCAUCGCGGGAUCGUCAACAGGGCCACGAGGCACAAGAGGGCGGCCGAAGUGAUCCGAGGACCUUACAACGCGAACAGCCAUUCCCGAUACGUCGAGUUGGUCCUCGUGAUCGAUAAAAAGGAAUACAUGGCCCUCGACGAGAAUUUGGACAAGGUGUACCAUCACUGCAAGGACAUCGCCAAUAUAAUCAACGCUCUAUACAUGCCCCUGAACAUAUUCAUCGCCCUAGUUGGGGUGCAAGUAUGGUCCGACACGGACGAAAUAACGCUGUCUCCGAACGGGGACACCACCCUCUCGAAUUUCCUGCGGUACAGACGGGAGAAGCUGGUCCAGGACAUGCCGAACGAUAACGCCCAGCUGUUGACACGUAUCUCGUUCGAAGGGGGCGUGGUAGGGAAGGCUCUUAAGGGACCGAUAUGUACGUACGAAUUCUCCGGUGGCGUCUCCAUGGAUCACUCGAACGUCGUGGGGUUGGUGGCGGCCACCGUGGCCCACGAAAUGGGUCACAAUUUCGGCAUGGAGCACGACUCCGUCGACUGCGAGUGCCCUGAAGAAAAAUGCAUCAUGGCGUCGUCAAGCGGCUCGUCGGGACCAAUUCACUGGUCCACCUGCUCCUUGGAGCAUCUGGCUCUGGCGUUCGAGCACGGCAUGGAUUACUGCCUGAGGAACAAACCGCAGAAGCUGUUCGACAGCCCGAUUUGCGGGAACGGAUUCGUGGAGCCCGGCGAGCAGUGCGACUGUGGCUUGAAGGAGAACUGCGACAAUCCUUGCUGCAACGUGACCACCUGCAUGCUGCACGGCAACGCCAGCUGCGCCACGGGCGAGUGCUGCGACCUCAAGACCUGUCGGCCGAAGACCGCGGGCACGGAGUGCAGAAGCGCGGAACACGAGUGCGAUCUGCCCGAGUACUGCACCGGGCAGAGCGAGUACUGCCCGGUGGAUGUGUUCAAGAUGGACGGGGAAUCGUGCAGCAUGGGAAAGGCGUUCUGCUACCAAGGGUCCUGCAGGACCCACAACGACCAAUGCAAGCUGCUCUGGGGACCCACGGGCACCUCGUCCGACGCCCAAUGCUACGACAUGAACAACAAGGGCACGAAACACGGCAACUGCGGAUACAAUCGCGUCGAGUCCAGCUACGUAAAGUGCACCGACGAGAAUCUGCUCUGCGGAAUGCUUCACUGCAAGCACUUGAACGAGAGACUAGAAUUCGGUAUGGAGUCCGUGGCGAUUCUGAGUCACUCGUUCAUCAACAACGGUGGCAAGAUAAUACCGUGUCGUUCGGCCAUAGUAGAUUUGGGUCUGAACCAAGUGGAUCCUGGCCUGGCGCCGGAUGGUGCCAAGUGCGCACCCGGGAAGAUGUGCGUGAAUCAGAAAUGCAUGCCGGUAGCUGAUCUGCGCGCGACCGUAUCCGGAGGGAAAGCGUGUCCCAAUAAUUGCGGCGACAACGGGGUGUGCAACAGUCUGGGCCAUUGCCACUGCAAUCGCGGCUUCCGACCGCCUGAUUGCACACAGCCGGGCGUGGGCGGUUCCGAGGACAGCGGACCAGCGGAUGAUCCGAAUGCGAGAAACGACUUCAUAAUGGCCAUGUACAUUAUCUUUCUGGGCAUCGUGCCGAUGGUUGCGCUGUCGGCGUUCGGCGUUUGGUACCUGAGAAACUCCGGCCAGCACUGGAAGAAGGGCAUGAUCGCAACGACCGAUCGUGGCCACAAUGGACUAUCCAUCAAAACGAUCGAUCGUUCCAGUCCUUUGCCCCGUAACAUCGAAACGAUCGAUUCUAGCCUCAGUCAGGAUCCAGCCUGCGCGAGUUUAUUGCCGAAACCGGAGGCCGACAAGCGUUACAACAAUAAUCUGUUCGGUCAGUUCAAAGGAUUCACGAUCACGCCGAUCAAGAAUCAGCCGAAGGUCGGGGAACCGACGAAACCGGUGCCUCCGCCGCCCACGAUACCAACGGUGGCGAUCAAGACCAACAUCAAGGCGCUACCAAAGAACAAUCCGCCUCGUAACUCGCUUCUGAACUCCACGUCCAACUUCACCGAGCCGUCCGCGGCUCCCAGCCUGCCACCGUUGAAUCCAGGAUGCACAGCGCGUCCUCUGAUCAGCAGCCCGGUCCUGGCAGCCACCACCUGCACCUCCGUGGAGUUGGUCGCCCCUAAACCACCAACCAGACCGUCCUUGGACGCGCCGACGAGGCCUGCACCGGCUCCCCCGAUCUCCAUCGACCUUCAAAAGCCCCAAAGACCGAACAGCACGCCGUUAACCAACGUUUUGCUUCCAGAAACAGAGAAGAAACCGGAGAAGGGUAGCACCCUGAACAGGCUAGCCUCGAUGCUCCGACCAAACUCCGGGAUCAUGAAGACGGGGGGUCUGCAGGUGGCGCAGAAAGAGGAUAAGAACACCAACUCUCUGCCCAGGGCGCAUCACUUGAAAGCGAACAAGGUGAUAGACAAGGAGAUCCUGAGGAACUUGGAGAUUUCCAAUCCAAUACCUCAGAAAGAGAUCGAGAUACCCACGCCUGCUAUCCCCGUGAUACCGGCCACGGAGGCCGAGAAGAGGAACGUGGUGUUGCGCGCCCAGUCCAUGAGGGACAGCAAGAUCACGCCCAGACCAGCCAUUCAGACGUUCGGGUCCAUGCGACAACAAACCACGCCGGUGAAGAGACCCACCAGCAUCCCUGCGAGCACCAGACCCACAGCUCCUCCGCCUGGUCCUCCAACGACCACUACAACCACGGAGAAGACGAACGACGCUGGUAAGAUCCACGGAUUACCGGGCUACCAGACCCCGCAGCUGAAGAGUACGCAGAAGCUCGUGGACAAUGCCUACGACGACUGCAUGAACCUCGUCCCCGAGUCGUCCCUGACCAAGAUCACGGAGGAGUCGCCCACCAGCGACAACAUUUACGCGGUUAUCGAGGAGGCGAUACCCGAGAAGAGCAGGAAGAAUCAGAUGGAGACGGACAAGCGGAUCGACAACGAGUACAAGCAGCCGAAACGCGUCGAGGGUGGCGCGAACGGGGCCAACGCGGAGCCCAUGGGUCUGCUGUCUGAGAUCGUGUCGGAAAUAUCGAAUCGGAACUUCGAUUCCAUCUACUCCACCGCGACGUUGUCCCGGAAGGCGAAGGAGAACGCGGAGGCGGCCAAGAACGCGGAGGAUCUGGGGUCGAAUAGCUCGUUGGGGGCGUACGCGAACUCGAAUCACUAUAAAUCGCCCGGCAGCAUCUACUCGAACUCGGCGUCCGGGAAAUUCAAUUCGUCCAGCUCCACGACCAGUUCCGGUUACUUGAAUCCGUCGGUGUUGAACGUGCCGCGGCAGCAGACCGCCAAAGGCGAGGUGAAAACCGUCGACAAGGGUAAACUUGCGUCGUUGAACUCGGCGAACCCGAAUCUGAACGACGAUAUAUCGAAGGAGCUGGGCAUGAAACCAGCGAGCGACGUCGCGUCUUGCAAACCGGUCGCGUCCGUGAAAACACGACCGAUUCAGCGGGUUCUGAGCAGCCCGAAGAGCGAGGAGGCGGCCACCGAUGGCAAAGAGCCUGCCAAACCGCCCCUCGGGAGAACGAAAACGCCACCUCACAUCGUCAAGACGGUGACCAAAGAGGCGAACGACGCGACGAAAACUGCCACCAGACACGCUCUGGACAAUGCGUCGAGGUCGAAGCAGCACAACGACGGCGCCGCCAAGGCGUCGAAGCCAGGAACGGACAGCUUGCAGAACACCGCGGAUAAACAGGACUCUCAUACGAACGUUAAUAGAAUAUCUAUGAAAACUGUGCCUUGUAGCCCUAAGGAUAACGGGGGAAAGUUCAACAGUCCGGACGUAGUGUCGAGUUGUUCGAGUUCCAAUCAAACCAGUACAAAGUCGCCGGACGUUCUGGGUAACAAUCCAAAGUUUAGCUUUCAGCCGAAGAACGUUCAGAAGACGCCCACGUUGACGCGCGGGAACGCCGCGAAAUCGCCGUCCGCGCCGUUGAAACCGUUGAGCAUCGCGUCCAAGGCGGCCAGCCUCGCGGAGAAGAAGAAAUCGCCGACGAGCGCGAACGCGAAAUCGUUCGUAGCGUCCGCGAAAGAGAUCUCGAAGACCCUGCAGCCGAAAACGGCCCAAAAAACGGAGACCAAAGGCGGUGGCGAGACGAAGGCGAACCCGGUGCAAAGGGCGGCCACGGGCAAGUCGAACGUGGCGUCCCUUCAGCAGAAGUUCGAAGCCAACAAGAGCGUAAACGCGACGAGGACGGUACCGAGCGUACAUAAAAAGACUGUUGGAAGAAUGACGGAUACGACGGCCGUAAAAAAGUAACAGACGAACGUGUACGAUUCACGCGAAAUAUUCUAGUCUAUCGUUAAUUCACUUUUAAAGGGAGUGAAGCGUACGUGUUACGUUCGAACGAUAUUUCUAUGAUUUUAUUUUAUUUAAAGAGAUCGUACGGCAAAGUGAAAGCGCAUAGUACAACGAUCGUCGAACUUUUUCGCUGGACUCGUCGAGAGGAAAUGUCGAUUGAGAAGACGGGGGACGGAACUUUUGUAAUUUGAUGUCGGAAUACCGGUGCAUCGAAUCGGAUGGGAAUCGACCGGCCGUACCGAGGGCCAAUUGAAUUUACUCCGAACAUAGGUUGUGUCAGUCGUGAAGUUUCACGACGGCUAUAUAGAGUGUAACAGAUGACAUGGUUUCGACAGAAAUCACCUCCUUUCGGGCUGUAACCCGUAUUCCGGGCCACCCUGUAUUACCACUGUAAAUAGUAGUUACUUAAAAAUUCUAAUAUUUUUUGUAGACAUCAUCCAUUACCGGUAACGUUCGGAUAUACACGGAACACUAAUGAUCGUCGGAAUACUUAUCUUAAGAGCAUUUUUUAAACGAGAUGACAAAGUAUGCAACAAUUUAUUUUGAAAAGAUUCGCUCGAUACCGCAAUGAGGAACGCGUGAGAAAUUAUUGAACUCUGUGAUAUACGUGUAACGAAAGAAUAGCACAGAAACAUCGUACUCGUACGUAUUAUAAUAAAUAGCAGAUUAAUAGACGCGACCAAAUUUAUCAUUUUAUAAACAUAGAAAGUUUUCAAGGACGAAUUAGUCUCGAGAGGAUAAAUCAUAUCUCAGAAAACAAAAAAGGAAAACAAAAAAAAAUAUAUAUGAAUCGUACGGAGCAGCUUUGUUCACUUUCCAAAGACUAAGCGUUAAAGUCCAACCUUCGUGAAUGCAAUUGUACCUUCGAGAUUCUCCCGCGAAUCAAAAUUUGAACGCGACCUAGCCAGCGAACUUAAAACGUUAGUAUCCGCUAGAAUAAACGCUGUAAUCUAAGGCAGACGCGGGAUUUCUUCUAUGACGAAGUACGCUAGAUUACAACGGUAGGGAUAUUUUUGCUUAAACCGCACGACUUCGGUUGCCCCGUUACUUUUGCACGUUUCUUCUUCUCCUUCUUUUUUUUUUUUUGUUUUUGUCGCAUAAAAACCACCGUUCGUGGUCCACGACGGACGAGUUUCGGGCGCCGAUGUUCGACCGCUAAAUCUAGCAUCGUUA